AUGUCUACUCUAGAUACCCAUAACACCACUCCGGCCAACAGUGAAUCCAGACCAAAGACAGGAAUUAAGGUCAUCGUCAUCGGCGCAGGUUUCGGAGGCCUCACUGCAGCCAUCGAAUGCAUUCGACAAGGUCACACUCCCGUGAUUUACGAGGCUUUCCCUUCACUCAAAAUCCUCGGCGACAUCAUCACCUUUGGUCCAAAUGCUGGCCGCAUCUUUGCGCGCUGGGACGAUGGCGCCAUUGCCCGUGAGAUGCGCAGUAUUUCCAUUGACCUCACCGAAUACGGUUUCAACAUCCACAAGUAUGACACUGGCGAAAUUGUCAUCAACCAGAAGACUCCGCCACGCGAUGAGAAGGCACCCAUGUUCAACGGCCAUCGCGGAGAGCUGCAUGAGAUCGUUUUCAAUUACGCGAAGCAAAUUGGCGUAGAGAUCAAUCUAGGUCAUAGAGUGGAGAAGUAUUGGGAGAAUGAGAAUGCAGCGGGCAUUGUCCUGGAGGAUGGAACCAAGGUGGAGGGUGAUCUUGUGAUUGCGAGUGAUGGUGUGAGAAGUAAAGCCAGAACACUUGUUCUAGGAUAUGAGGACAAGCCAAAGAGUAGUGGUUAUGCAGUCUGGCGAUCAUGGUUUAGUAACAAGGAUAUGAUCGCCGACCCGGAGACAAAGCAUUUCUGUGAGAACGGGGAUACGUUCAACGGGUGGAUCGGACCCGAUGUACAUUUCCUCUUCAGCACGAUCAAAGGCGGGUCAGAUUGCUGCUGGGUCCUCACCCACCGCGACGAGCACGACAUUGACGAAUCCUGGUCCUUCCCUGGCUAUCUCAAGGAUGUCAAGAAAGUAUUGGAAGGCUGGGAUCCAAUGUGCUGGAAGAUUGUGUCCAAGACCCCUGAGGAAAAGCUCGUGGAUUGGAAGCUUGUCUACCGCGAUCCAUUGCCCAACUGGGUCAGUGGAUAUGGUAAUGCACCCGGUCAUGGACGCAUCUGCCUGCUAGGCGAUGCGGCACAUCCUUUCCUGCCCACGAGUGCACAGGGCGCGACGCAGGCAUUGGAAGACGGUGUUACGGUCGCAGUGUUGCUACGGAAGGCGGGCAAAGAUAACAUCCGAGGUGCACUAAGAGCGUACCAAGAUGUGCGAUAUGACAGGGUCAAGGCGGUGCAAAAAACUGGUGAGACAACGAGAGACAUGUGGCAUAAGACUGAUUGGGAAAAGGUCAAGAGCGACCCCACGCUGAUCCAGUUUCCUCGUGAAGACUGGAUUUUCAAACAUGAUGCGGAGACACAUGCUGAGGAAGUGGGGGAUGAGGCGAUCAAGAAGGCUACCCCGGUCGCCGCGUGA